AUGAACCCACAGGUCUCCAAUCUCGUCAUCAUGUUGGCCAUGAUGCAGGUCUCCCGUCGUCUUGACAUGGAAGACCCCACUGUGAUUCUCUACGUCAGAAUCGCAUACGUCACAUCGGUGACAUUGGCGUUCCUAGUGUACCAAUACGCCAGAAGCAAGAUUGUCAGCAAGAACGACCUCACAACGCUCAAGUACGUGUCGCCACCAAACGCCAUGGCUGGCCAACAGGAGGGGAAGCUUGAAGUCACCACCGUCAAGGACUACGAUCUGAAGGAAAUCGAUUCUGCGAUCAAGUCCAUUUAUACGGGUUUGGCCAUGAUGGGUUUCAUGCACUUGUACAUGAAGUACACCAACCCUCUGCUGAUGCAAAGCAUCUCCCCCAUCAAGUCCGCGCUCGAGCACAACGAGGUCAAGAUCCAUUUGUUCGGUAAGCCUGCUAGCGGCGACCUCAAGAGGCCCUUCAAAGCUCCAUCUAUGUUCGGCGGUUUUGGCGCGUCCCCAGAGGCCAAGGUCGACAAGAAGUCUAUCGAGGAGGCCGAGAAGGCCGGCACCGGUGGUGUCAAGAGCGAUUGA